ACCGCAAUAAAUACCCUAUAUGUAAUCACCUCGUGGACUAGCACGUGACCGCAAUAAAUACCCAUUCGCUGCUGUUCAUGAGAAACACCGUACAGGUUUCCACUACCAGCGCGUGCCACGUACACAGGUGCCAGAUCUAGACCAGCUGAUAAAUCCAGCCCAGAGCCGGAGGCAUCUGUCUCGGUCGACCCCGUAUUUGUUUAAUCAACUCGUGUCCCUUGAGCUUAUAGAUCUACCCCCUCUCUCUCUCGCGUUUUCGCCCAUCACCUGUUUGUUAAAUUGCCUCAACGAGAAAACACGCAUACAAAAAACGGGAAAAUGAGGGCCCUGGGAUGGUGGCUGAUGCUGGUGGGUUCCCUGCGUCUCGCCUCGGUCUGGUUCGGUUUCUUCGACAUCUGGGCGCUUCGCCUCGCCGUCUUCUCCCAAACCCAAAUGACUGAUGUUCAUGGGAGAACAUUUGGAGUUUGGACGCUUUUGACUUGUACUCUGUGUUGGCUUUGUGCAUUCAACCUUGAGAACAAACCUCUGUACGCUGCAACCUUCUUAUCCUUUGUCUAUGCUUUUGGUCAUUUUCUGACUGAAUAUUUGAUAUACCACACGAUGGCUGCAUCCAACCUGACCACUGUCGGUAUCUUUGCAGGCACGUCGAUUAUAUGGAUGUUGUUACAAUGGAAUUCACAUGUAGCAAACCUUACCUCGAAACUGAAAUGA